GAGGCGCUCGGCACUUUUGACGCCAGGGCGACUUUUGGGAGGACGACAGGGAGUUGUUGAUCAAUUCAACCCCGACGACGACGACGACAACGACGACGACCGCGGACGAAAGCAAAUCCCCAUCCAGGGCCUAGAAAGAGGAUCGAACCAGAAAGACGCACACGAGACAAAAGGGGCAGCGCAGCAGCCGGACACAAUGAGGCCUCUCCUGUCGGUCCUGUCGCUGAGCGCCGUCGCGCAGGCGCUCUACUUCUACAUCGACGGCACGGCGCCCAAGUGCUUCUUCGAGGAGCUGCCCAAGGACACGCUGGUGGUGGGCCACUACACGGCCGAGGAGUACGACGACCACCGGCAGUCGUGGUCCAAGCACGACGGGCUGGCCAUUUACAUUUCGGUCGACGAGACGUUUGACCGCGACCACCGCGUCGUGUCGCAAAAGGGCAGCAGCGGCGGGCGCUUCACCUUCACGGCGGCCGAGUCGGGCGAGCACAAGCUCUGCUUCACGCCCUCGUCCAACAGCGGCAAGAUAGGCUGGCUGUCGAGCGCGGCCCACAACGGCGGCAUCCGCCUGACGCUCGACCUGGCCAUCGGCGAGACGUCGGCGCUCGAGAGCAGCGACAAGGACAAGCUCGAGGACAUCGCCACCCGCAUCAAGGACCUGAACCUGCGCCUGCAGGACAUUCGCAGGGAGCAGGUGUUCCAGAGGGAACGAGAGGCCGAGUUCCGCGACCAGUCCGAGUCCACAAACGCCCGCGUCAUCCGCUGGAUCCUCAUCCAGCUCACAAUCCUGGGCAUCACUUGCGCCUGGCAGCUCUCACAUCUGAGGUCUUUCUUCAUCAAGCAGAAGCUCACCUAGAACAACGAUUUAACCAAAAAAAAAACAAAGGAAUAAAAGGGGGCGUCCCGCGUAAGGUUGUCAUGACGUUGUUGUACUAUUUCCGGCUUCGGCGACGGCGGCGGCGGCAAGGAUCUUGGGCAAUUGAAAAGGAGCCAUGUCGAAUUGUGGAGUGGACAACAGUUGUAUCCUUGGUGUUCGUCCGGCGAGUUCUCUCGUAAUGCUGCGACUUGUCGUGUGAGAUAUGUUAUAGUAAUGAACUUCAUGCCAGGACUAUCUACCAUCUCAUCAACGUGGCCACUCCGGCAGGUGGCUUGUCUGCUCUGCUCUGGCGAGUUUCCGGA